UGAACCGGAAGUGACGUUGGGUCUGACGGAAGUGGGGCGGAGGAGGCAGCAGCCAUGGCCGAGACCCACAGCCUCCAGGAGCUGCAGACUCCUCCGGGCUCGUCCAAAGUCUUCAUCCAGAGAGAUUACACCUCAGGGACCACCUGCAGGUUCCAGACCAAGAUCCCCUCAGAGCUCGAGAACCGGGUGGACAAGCAGCAGUUCGAGGAGACGAUCCAGACGUUGAAUAAUCUGUACGCGGAGGCGGAGAAACUGGGCGGACGCUCGUACCUGGAGGGAUGUUUGGCCUGUGUCACCGCCUACACCAUGUUCCUCUGUGUGGAGACCCACUACGAGAAGGUUUUGAAGAAAAUCUCGAGGUUCAUAAAAGAUCAGAACGAGAAGAUCUACGCCCCCAGAGGCGUCCUGCUCACAGACCCCAUGGAGAGAGGCCUGCGCGUCGUGGAAAUCACCAUCUUUGAGGACAGAAGCGUCGGCUCCGGCAGAUAAAAACACCAGACCGGACGCGUUGUCGUCUCUUCGUCGUCUUCGUCGUCUUUGGAGUUUCCUGUACAGACAUUUGGACCUGUUCUUGUUAUUUAUGAAUUUUCACAUGUGUCGUCUGUAAUUAUUUUUAUUUCCUGUUUUGUUUUUUGUGUUUUUUUACGCUCGUUGCCAUGUCCCCUGCGCUGGGUUUAAACUCGCAGCGUUGGUUUGCGGCGCAGAAAUCCUCUUUGUGAGUGUUUGUUGGAUCAGGUGCACGUGUCUUUACCUGCGUUUUUAUCUGUGCAUGAACGUGACUAAAUCUUCAAGUCUUUAAACGCACUUCUGUGGGAAAUGUUCCUCUGCAUCCACUUUUUAAUAUGAUGAUUUUUCCUUUUUGUAUUUCUUUUACUACCAACAUCUUUAAACUAUCGUGUAUGUUUAAAUUUACCACUACUGUGUUUUUGUUGCAUAAAAUAAGCCACUAUUUGUGUCAACAUGUAAAUAAAUGUGUAUUUCCUGAAACUCUGGAA